CAGACAGAAAUCAAACCGGAAACAAACCAAUAAAAUUGAAAGGAUGGGAACAAGAACUGUUCAAUUUUCUACAAGGAGAAUCAAAUCCAAUCAAAUCCUAGUAUUGCUCGAUUGCAAUGUUAGUUGUAUUUUUUGUUUUUCCAUACAGUGCUGUUGUGGCAGGUUGCCCACAAAAAAGCGUUCAUUGCACUCCAACAGCCUGUACUGAAGAAGAAACAAUCACCGAAGAAGCAUCUGGAAGUUCAGGACCAGUACUGAAAGCUACCACAAUGAAAGUCGGACCCAGUAAGGAGCCUUCUAAAAAAAAGGAAAAAGAGGAUUAGUGGAAAGCGAUGAAACGCGAGAUUUAUCAAUAACAGAGCUACAACGUCUCGUUUUACUUGAACAUCUACAAGUGUUUCGGCUAGCUAAGGAACUGCUAGUUCACAAGAAAAAUAUUAAUGGAUCUGAUCGAAAUUUAUCAACUUUAAAUGAAAGUGCAGAAACUGGAAAUCCAAUUUUCAUGAGCGUAUGUCCGAACUGACAGAAAUACU